AUGUACUUGGAUCUACUGCAGCAGCUAGAGCCUUCAACGGAUGCGAUUCCGUUGCCGCCGUUAGAUGUGGCACUGAUGUGGACGGUGCAUAUGCUGGCGCCUUUUCGGUAUCAUGAAGACCUACUCAGGAGCUAUGGCCCACAUAUGCUCAACUAUACAUUUCCUUUGGAGCGAUACGUGGCCUCGAUCGAUAUUGAGAACCCAACAACGGACCAUGAGGCGUUCUUGCCGAGCAAGGAGAUGUGGCGGCAGCUAUACCCGGAUGAGGCGUUCGAUCUGGACAAGGAUGAUACAGAUCGGAUGUUCGAGAUCCAAUGCCUGUGGUGCGGUGGAACGAAUGUGAUGGACAGUUCGACGUAUAUCAAAUUCCGGAUCGAUGGCAUGUCGAUCGAUUGCGCGGGAUGUGGGUCGCAGUGCAGUCUCGAGACCCUAUCAUCGAAGCGUCUCUGGGAUGGGAUCGAAGCCUACCGUGCAGAUUCCUCAAUGCUUCUUGCCGGGUCCCUACUCUCACCAUGGACAGGAACCGCGGAUCCAACUGCAGCCCAACGUGAGCACCAUCAUCUCUUCUUUCACCCUCGGAUCCAGUUCGGGCUAGACCAAACCUCUGUCUCCCUGAACUGCACUUGGCCCAAGGUCAUCCAGGCAUUCCAGGAUCUAGGGCCCGACCAGUACUAUGGCAUCCGCCCCACGACCCUUGCCCGGAUCAUGAGCUCGUACAUGGGUCUGAUUGAAGACCGGUUAUCCAUGGAUCUAGUCGCCGGGGCAUUGCGUCAGCGGGAUUUCCAAAAGGCCAUGAUGGUCACCGGUGGACAGGCAUGGUGUCAGCCACAGGUACUGCAGCGGUCGUUGGAUCGGUACAAGAAAUUCAUGAUCCUGGCCCGUGCGGAGAUCCAGGCGACAUCCGCAAUGACAAAGCAGGAUUUCGUGAGGACUGCAGAGUUAUGGCAGGAGCUGUAUCAGGAGCGGUACAGUAGCCAGCAGACAUGGAGGGGUGCGUUUGUGAUGACCCCUCAGAAGUUGUGUGCGGGUGUGUGUUUCCCGCCGUAUGGGGCUUAUUUGAUCUGGAAGAAUUGGUCGUCGAAGAUGAAGGCUCGGAAGCUGAACCGAUCGGGCGAAAAACAGAAGAGGCAGAAGGAGAAGGGCAAGAAGAGUAAAAAGAUAAAAAAGCACAAGGAUGAUAAAGACCAGGAGAAGGAGGUGUCGGUUCAGACGAGCGAAGAUCCGGGAUUGUUAUCGGGAUCGGAGAAGCACUUGGACUUGAGAAUCGAGGAGCUAAUGGUUCAGGAGGAUGUCUCGCCGGAGAAGCAGGUACAGGAUACGAAGGGCAAGGGCAAGGUUGUUGACGAUGAUGAGCAGGUCGCCACGCCGUCGCCGGUUCUCGAAUCAUCUGUUCAGGACACCGACAGCCAAAGAAAGGACGACAACGAUGGUAAGGUAUCUCCAAACCCAUCCAACCGAAGCCUGACCCCGGCACUUGGUCUGGAUGGUCGAAUAAGCAACUGGAAUGGAGAUGCUACUGGUCCCGACGGACAAGCGUCCUGUUCCUCCGGCGCAUGUAUCAUGUCCCCAUGGAACGAGUUACAAGAUAUCGUUCCAUACGUCGACCUCCAACCUCAGCAACAACGAGAGCUCAGAAGAGAGAGGACCUAA